AUGACUUUCUUCCAGACUGUUGGUGGUGGAGCAGUACAAGAGAGGGUGCCAGAGUUGGAUAGCAGUGGGCCAACAGAGCAGGACAAAAACCAUUCUAACAGCAGCACCUUGUCUGACCGAAGACUCAGCAACACCAGCCUUUGUAGCAUUGAAGAAGAGUACCGAACAGUGUAUGAAAUGGUGCAGCGGAUUCUCUUGUCAACACGUGGUUAUGUCAAUUUUGUGAAUGAAGUAUUUCGCCAGGCAUUUUUGCUGCCUUCCUGUGAAAUAGCUGUAACAAGAAAAGUAGUUCAAGUGUACAGAAAGUGGAUCCUGCAGGACAAACCUGUGUUCAUGGAGGAACCAGAUAAAAAAGAUGUUGCCCAAGAAGAUGCUGAAAAAUUAGGAUUUUCAGAGACUGACCACAAGGAGGUCUCAUCUGAAAAUUCUGGUCAUAAACGAUCUUCCAGUUGGGGACGCACAUACUCUUUCACAAGUGCCAUGAGCAGAGGAUGUGUGACAGAAGAGGACAAUACAAAUGUGAAAGCUGGUGCCCAGGCUAUGUUGCAGGUAUUUCUGACAAAUGCUGCAAACGUUUUCUUGCUGGAACCAUGUGCUGAAGUUCCCGUGCUCUUAAAAGAACAAGUUGAUGCUUGUAAAGCUGUUUUGAUUAUUUUUAGGCGCAUGAUAAUGGAGCUUACAAUGAAUAAAAAGACAUGGGAGCAGAUGUUGCAAAUACUACUCAGGAUAACAGAAGCUGUCAUGCAGAAGCCAAAGGAUAAACAAAUAAAGGACUUGUUUGCCCAGAGCUUGGCAGGGUUACUAUUUAGGACUCUCAUCGUGGCUUGGAUCCGAGCAAACCUCUAUGUGUAUAUUUCUCGAGAGCUCUGGGAUGACUUUCUUGGUGUGCUGUCCUCCCUCACGGAAUGGGAGGAGCUCAUCAGUGAAUGGGCAAACAUAAUGGACUCUUUGACAGCAGUGCUUGCAAGAACUGUUUAUGGAGUUGAAAUGACAAACCUACCUCUGGAUAAAUUAAGUGAACAAAAGGAGAAGAAGCAACGAGGCAAAGGCUGUGUUAUAGAUUCUCAGAAAGGAACAACUGUGGGGAGAUCUUUUUCUCUCAGCUGGCGGAGCCACCCAGACGUGACUGAGCCAAUGCGAUUUAGGAGUGCUACCACUUCUGGAGCACCAGGAGUUGAAAAGGCAAGGAAUAUUGUUCGCCAGAAAGCAACUGCUAAGCGAAGCCAGUCUAUCAGCAACUGUGUCUACCUUUCUGAGGCUUUGCCUGCCACUAAAAGCGUCCCGCUCCUCCUUCACACCGUGAGCGCUCUCUUACCUGGUCUCUCUUACUCCUCUUGCUCUCACAAGCUGUCAGAAGUGGAGGAAUGUCAACAGUCAGAAAAUGUACCCGUAGCUGAGUCUGGUCAUCUCAUGGUGGGACAGCAACAGGUCCUCCGGAGCAGCAGCACAUCUGACAUCACUGAGCCACUGUGCUCAGAUUCUUCUCAAGGUCAAAAGGUAGAAAAUGCACAGAAUUUGAGUUCUUCAGAACUCAGGGCCAUUCAGGAGAAUAAAGGACAUGUGAAGAGAGAACAUGAAGGAAUAACAAUCUUAGUUCGAAGAAGCAGUAGCCCUGCUGAAUUGGACUUGAAGGAUGAUCUGCAGCAGACACAAGGAAAAUGUAGGGAAAGGCAGAAGAGUGAUAGUACCAGCAGUGACACAGCUCUGGGCUAUAACAAUGAGGCAGAGCUGUCUAUGAGCCCAUGGCAGACUUGUGAGGAAGACCCAGAACUGAACACUCCCACAGAUGUGGUUGACUCUGAUGCCCGCCAUUGGUUACAACUGAGUCCAACUGAUGCUUCAAACUUAACAGACAGCAGCGAGUGUCUUGCAGAUGACUGUAGUAUAAUUGCUGGAGGGAAUCUCACUGGUUGGCACCCAGAUUCUGCUGCUGUGUUGUGGCGAAGAGUCUUGGGAAUCCUCGGAGACGUGAAUAAUAUCCAGUCACCCAAGAUCCAUGCCAAAGUUUUUGGCUAUCUCUAUGAACUCUGGUACAAAUUAGCAAAGAUACGGGAUAAUCUAGCAAUAAGCCUGGAUAACCAGUCUUCUCCAUCUCCUCCAGUCUUGAUCCCACCACUCAGAAUGUUUGCAUCAUGGCUAUUUAAGGCAACAACGCUGCCAAAUGAAUACAAGGAAGGCAAACUGCAAGCCUACAGGCUGAUCUGUGCCAUGAUGACCAGACGCCAGGACGUUCUGCCAAACUCAGAUUUCCUGGUGCAUUUUUACCUCGUGAUGCACCUGGGAUUAACCAGCGAGGACCAGGAUAUUUUAAAUAUCAUUAUAAGGCACUGUCCACCGCGCUUUUUCUCCCUGGGUUUGCCUGGAUUCUCAAUGCUGGUGGGAGACUUUAUCACGGCUGCAGCAAGGGUCCUUAGUACAGACAUGUUGACGGCACCUCGUGCAGAAGCUCUCACCAUCCUGGGUUCCCUGGUGUGCUUUCCAAAUACCUACCAGGAAAUCCCUUUACUACAGUCAGUGCCGGAAGUGAAUGAGGUCAUUACAGGAACUGAAGAUGUCAAGCAUUACCUCAUAAAUAUUUUACUGAAGAAUGCCACAGAAGAACCAAAUGAAUGUGCAAGAUGCAUCGCCAUUUGCUCACUUGGGGUCUGGAUCUGUGAAGAGCUUGCACAGUGUACCAGCCGUCCUCAGGUGAAAGAAGCCAUCAAUGUGAUAGGUGUAACUUUGAAGUUUCCUAACAAAAUUGUGGCUCAGGUAGCCUGUGAUAUUCUUCAGUUGCUGGUUUCCUACUGGGAAAAACUUCAGAUGUUUGAAACCUCUCUGCCUCGGAAAAUGGCAGAAAUCCUUGUGGCUACAAUUGCUUUCCUAUUACCAAGUGCUGAGUACUCUUCAGUGGAAACAGAUAAGAAGUUUAUUGUAUCCUUACUCCUCUGCCUCUUGGACUGGUGCAUGGCAUUGCCAGUGAAUACCCUUCUCCAUCCUGUGUCCACAGUGGUCCUGGAGGAGCAGCACCCAUCCCGGGCCCCCUUGCUGGAUUAUAUCUAUAGGGUUCUGCACUGCUGUGUUUGUGGCUCAAGCACAUAUACCCAACAAAGUCACUAUACACUGACUCUGGCUGACUUGUCAUCCACGGAUUAUGAUCCCUUUCUGCCACUGGCAAACGUGAAGAGCUCUGAGCCAGUUCAGUAUCAUUCAUCAGCAGAACUGGGGAACCUUCUGACUGUUGAAGAGGAGAAAAGGCGAAGAAGUGUGGAACUGAUCCCUCUGACUGCCCGAAUGGUGAUGGCCCACCUGGUGAACCACCUGGGUCACUACCCUCUGAGCGGAGGCCCAGCUGUGCUGCACAGCCUUGUCAGUGAGAACCACGACAAUGCCCACGUGGAAGGCACUGAGCUGUCUUCUGAGGUGUUCAGGAGCCCCAACCUGCAGCUGUUUGUAUUUAAUGACAGUACCCUCAUUUCCUACCUUCAGACACCUGCAGAAGGACCUGGGGGUGCCCUCUCAGAUGUGAGAGUUAUUGUGAGGGAUAUAUCAGGGAAGUACUCUUGGGAUGGAAAAGUUUUAUAUGGACCUCUGGAGGGAUGCUUAGCACCCAAUGGAAGAAAUCCCUUAUUUCUAAUUUCGGGCCACCAUCAUCACACAUUUGGACCCCAGAAAGAUCAUUCCCAAAUCGAAGAAGGAGAUGAUGUCCUUGACAAACUACUUGAAAACAUUGGCCACACUAGUCCCGAAUGCCUUUUACCAUCACAGCUAAAUCUAAAUGAGCCCUCCCCACCCCCAUAUGGCAUGAACCGUGAGCAAGAAAAGGAAAUCAUUGAGGUCAUUUUGCGCCAGAGUGCACAGGAAGAUGAAUAUGUUCAGAGGUGUAACUCUGAUUCUUCAAUGAAAGUUACCAGCCAAGGGCAACCCUCGCCAGUGGAGCCCCGAGGGCCUUUUUAUUUCUGCAGGUUGUUACUCGAUGAUUUGGGAAUGAAUUCUUGGGAUAGAAGGAAGAAUUUUCAUCUUUUGAAGAAAAAUUCAAAAUUAUUGAGAGAAUUGAAAAACCUGGACUCUCGCCAGUGCCGUGAGACACACAAAAUUGCAGUGUUUUACAUUGCCGAAGGUCAAGAAGACAAGUGUUCAAUCCUCUCCAAUGAAAGAGGAAGCCAAGCAUAUGAAGAUUUUGUGGCUGGUCUUGGAUGGGAGGUGGAUCUCUCCACCCACUGUGGGUUCAUGGGUGGCCUUCAGCGCAAUGGCAGCACUGGUCAGACGGCCCCUUAUUAUGCUACCUCUACUGUGGAAGUGAUUUUCCAUGUUUCCACUCGGAUGCCAUCAGGCUCAGAUGAUUCACUUACCAAAAAGCUCCGUCACUUGGGGAAUGACGAGGUCCACAUUGUCUGGUCUGAACACUCCAGGGACUACCGCAGGGGUAUUAUCCCAACCGCCUUUGGAGAUGUUUCAAUCAUUAUUUACCCAAUGAAGAAUCACAUGUUCUUUAUAGCCAUAACGAAGAAACCCGAGGUUCCAUUUUUUGGUCCUCUGUUCGAUGGAGCCAUAGUGAGUGGGAAGCUGCUGCCAAGCCUUAUAUGUGCCACCUGCAUCAAUGCCAGCAGGGCUGUGAAGUGCCUCAUCCCACUCUACCAGAGUUUCUAUGAAGAGAGAGCGCUGUAUCUCGAAGCAAUAAUUCAGAACCACCGAGAAGUCAUGACAUUUGAGGAUUUCGCAGCUCAAGUCUUUUCUCCCUCUCCCAGCUACUCCCUCAGUGGAACGGAUUAAAAUAUAUAAAGGUCUCAUUACAAUAUUUGAGCAAGGGGCCUUGGCCUCCAUCCUGAGUGCUGACCUCAAAGAGUCCCUUGGUGUGGAGGAGACAGACCAGACUCCCCUGCCCUUUUCCCUUGGCUCCAAACCCAGAGACUUCAGGAAACUCCAUGACUGUGCCAGCGCUCUCAGCAAGCUUUCGUAUCACUGGAUCCUCGAAGUCAAAGGUGGAUCCCACUGAACUAUUUCAUGUGGAUCUUUCAAGUGGGGCUAUGUCAUCUCAUCCUAAAACUUCUCAAACCUCCAGCUUCCAAAAAAGAGAAAGUCACCAACAACCAGAAACAAACCUGCUGUCUCUGAUUUACUCUGGUGUCUGCUCACUUUCAGGGAGGGGGCAGAGGGAAGUUGGCUUCCGAACCCCAAGCUGGUUACCCUCAUUUAUAAACCCAAGCAGGAUUCCCAGAGGGCAGCAAAACAAUUGUGGAAUUGUGGAAUUUUCUCUGUAUCAAUUUUGUUAGUUCACCUCAUGUCAUGAUUUAUGGUUUACUCAAAAAUUUCAUCAUCAUUGAAAUUGGCUUUCCCAGGGGUCUUUAGCCCAGGAGUUUUCUCUCAGUUGUGAAGUCUUUUGCCAUCUUAUACCUAAGGUCCACUCACUGAGGUGAUUUUUCUGACCACUCAGAGGACUCCCAAGUCAUAAUUCUGAUCCUAUCCCAGAACACUCAGAAGUCUCUAGAAAUUCAAGGUCCUAUCCUGUGAGACGGACGUCCUAUCUUGUAAGACAAGAAGAAACCCCAGGGUUAGUCCCACAUCCUUACAAAAGGCAAGUGCCAGUGUCUGGUGCCACAGUGAGGUAGAUGGACACUCUAAAAAGUCCAGAUGCCUCCAAAGCUUCACCUUCAUUUUCCCUCCUGGCUAUUACUCAAAGAGGGCCAAGACAGGCCUUGGAAAUGCUUCUUGUCAUGCAGAUUGCAAGCAAGAGAUUUAUUUGAUCCAUAUUUUUUUUUUUACCCAUUUGGACCUGUUAAAAAAGAUAAUAAAGGGAAGAGAAAGAAAAUAAGGAAGRAGAGAAGGAAAGGAAGAAAAUAAAAAAUCCUGUCUUCUGUCUGGGCUUGUCCUGCUCCCUUGCUGGGCAUCUCUGGGUGAAUCCUGCCAUGUAGCAACAGGGAAAUCAAUCCAUAGGGAAGACAGCCUUCUUCCUGUGUCCCGCCCCUGGGAGCAGUCUCAGAGCUAGAAGUUUACCCCUCUACCUCCAAGAGAAAUCUAAGAAACUCAUCAGAGACCAUCACACACUGCACAGUUCUUGCUCUUGUGAGACCAUUUCAUAGUGCACAAUGCCCCUUGGUUUGGAGUGGAAAAGCAGUAGGCAAUAUGCAGCCAUGAUUGGCCCUGGAUAUGAAAAGGUGUGUACACACCUUCCCACCUUCCUGCAUGCUGCCUUCUGCUCUUCACACACACUCGUAUGUUAUACUUUCCCUGAGGAACCAAUUUUUUCAUGAGCCAUUGAGUUGAUUUGGCUGAUACCUAACAGAGGCAGACCCAGGUGUCAGACUCACUCUUGGGACAAGUGAGAAAGACUAAGAACAUCCUUCCCAUCAGAAAAGUGGAACUUCCAGUGUUAGGAAGAGUCUGUCUACUUUAUGUAGGAUUGCAGGCAGAGAUUGAGUCCCAGGACCAUUGGACAGAGCUGUUUGAAUGUAAGAGAAUGGGGGACAUUCCUAAGUAGAAGUAAGCUUUAAUCACUUUGGGAUGUUUUCUUUUGGGGUGUGAGCAGUGCUGGGGACUAAACCCCAAUGCCUUGAACCUCCUAGACAAGAGCUCUACCACUGAACUACAUCUCCAGCACUUUGGGGCUAUUUUCUAAUGGCCCAGUGCAUUCACUUCUUUGGGGAUUAGUGACAAAAGAAAUCAUGAUGUUUCCUAUCCUGCUAGCAAAUGCCUAUUCUCACCCACUCCCCCUCCCAUCCUUUCCUUUUCUUUAAGUGAUUUGGGCUUCCUGGUCAGCAGAGUUUGGCCAGUGUUGCUCAGGCUUUUGACUGUGAUUGAUACACUUGGUUUCAUGUUUACAAAGUACCCAGACUUUUUUCCUAUAGAGAAGCACAUCACCUGUUCCUGGGGUCCUGAGUCCCCCAUAGCACUCUGGAAGCAAAUAACUUCCCACAGAAUAUUUUAUCUCCAGGCUCUAGAAAUUUCUGUUGCAGAAUUCCUGGCUGAAGUAGAAGAAUUUGGAAGGUUUUUUUUUGUUUGUUUGUUUGUUUGUUUUUAAUGGUGUUGGGGACAGAACCAGGGACCCUGUGCAUGCUAGGCAAGCAUCUGCCACUAGGGAACAUCCUGGAAGUCAUAUUUAACUCCCCUGGACCUCUGCUCCAUGAUUCAUUUUGCCUCCAUGAUCCAGAGCUUCUGACCUUGGAGUGGGAAAUUCAAUUGUAGGUAGCAAAUAACUCGACCUUCAUGUAAUCCCUAAUGAUUUUAACAACCCUGUGACCCCAGAUGACAGCCAGCAGUUUUGUGACUAGAGUUUUUGUUUUGUUUUGUUUUUUCUUUUAGUCCACUGUUCUCAGUAACAGCUUUGGUUUGGAGAUGCAGUGGGGAAGCAGGGACUCUGGCAACUAUGUUUGCUUGCAAUCACAUGAACUUGGUCGUUUUUGUUAUUUGGGGUGGAAAAUUGAAAUGAGGAAUUUUUUUUUCAGUUAGAAAAGUAAAUAUUGUGUUUUUGUAAUAAAUGCCUCUUAGCAAAAUUGCUGAGGGUCACUCAUCCAGUAGAGACCCUCCUGAGUCACAGCGCUGACUCAUCACAUUAGUAUUAGUAGUUCAGCCAUCUGUAAACACAAGUGUUCCUAAUUGGCCCAGAAUGUGAUAAGAUUUGCUGGCCUCACACGGGGCCUGGGCAAUUCCCUCAUUUCUCCGCAUGACAAUUUCCGGAUUUCCAUCUAGAGUUAACUGAUUUUUAUCAUAUCAUUGACCACGAUUUUAUACUUAAAAAUAGUAGUUCCACAAAAUAACUUUUUAAAAGUAGUUAAUCCUUGAGCAGACACAAGGAAAGAAACUUAGCCCGGGUAAGUGACUGUCACAGUGUCUUCAGCUGCCACACUUGCAGCUUUUAAGAGCCAUGGGGUGGAGGGGACCCUUGACUUUGUGAUGUGGGUUGAUUAAUCAGGACCCUUAGCCUUACAAACGAGAUCAUGGAAGAUUCAGAGAGCCAUGCAAAUCCAGUCUUCCUGAGCUUUCUCAGGUGUCACCACCGGGGUGUAACUGACCUGUUAUCCUUGCAUCAAGUGGAGAUUUGGUGAAUCCUUUAAAAUUUACUGUGAUAUCUUACAUGUAGCUGUGUUAGUUUUUAUCUACAGAAGGCAGAUGUCCACAUCCGAAGGGAAAUUCAACGAGAAACAACCAUCGUUGUAGUUGCACUCAAUAUCUCUGUAUGACAUACACAUUAAGUGAAUGUUUUCUUAUAUUUUUAGGUCUACAAUGUGUAAAUAGGGAGAAAAUUUGAUAAAUAUGGUAAAUUAAGUUAUAGCUGUCAUUUGAUCCUUAUUUUGCUGUCUCUUUUUAUUUAAUUUUCCUGAUGCUGCACAUCUAGGUUCAUUCUUAGGUGAUAAAAACCUUCACAUCUAGCCCACUUUCCCAGGUGUGUGUGUGUGUGUGUGUGUGUGUGUGUGUGUAUGUGUGUGUGUGUGUGCACGCGUGCACAUGCAUGUAUGCACACACCAGGACACACUUUACAGAGGCAGUCAUGCCCAGGAAAGCACACAGCUCCACUGAUGACGUCUCUUGACUCUCUACCCUCUUCCCCUUGAAUUCUGAUUUACUGUGAUAAUUUAAUAAAGUGGAGAAACAGCACUGAGGUGCUAUAUGUUUGGGUCAUUCUAUGGUUUGUAGGAAAAUAAAGUUUA